GCUGAGGGUAGCGCCAUCCUCCGUCCCUGCCGCGUGUCCUCGGCCGCACUGACAGAGCAUGCGGUGGCUGCACGUCGCGGCGGGCACCCUCGGCGUGCUGCUCCUGGUCGGCUCCCUACUGCUCAUCGGCCUCCACCUAUCGCAAUCGGGCCCGUGCGGCCCCGGGGCCAUGCCGUGCUCCUCGGCGGCCACCUGCAUCCCCCAGCGCUCCUGGUGCAACGGCCACAUCGACUGCCCCGGCGGCGAGGACGAGGACAGCGUCGGCUGUGCCGACUGGUCUGGCAGCGACGGCGUGCUGCACACGGUGCUCGGCGCUCUCACCUCCCCGAGGACGCCGUCGGCGCGCAGAGUGUGCGCCCUCUCCAGGUUCCCGCCGCGGUGUCGCUGCGACGAGACGAGGCUCAACUGCCGCGGGGAAGGCCUGCAGUCCGCGCCCGCCGCCGUGCAGGGGAACCUCACCAAACUGGUCCUCCUCAACAACUCGAUCGACGCCGUGGACAAGGACUCGUUCGCCAACUACUCGCACCUGCAGCUGCUCCACCUGGGCGGAAACAGGCUGUCCACCAUCCCCGCGGGCACCUUUGCCGGGAAGAGGAGCCUCCUCAAGCUGCUGCUGAUGAACAACCGGCUGCGGCGUUGGGACGCGGCGCCGGGCGAGCUCCAGGACCUGGCCAGGCUGCAGUGGAUGUUCCUGGACAACAACCUGCUGGAGGACGGCGCGUGGCCGCUGGAGCGGCUGGAGGCGCUGGGAUCGCUGGAGUGGCUGAGUAUCACGAGCAACAACCUGCAGCUUCUGCGCCGGGAAUUCCCCCCCAUGGCAUCGCUCCGCGAGCUCAACAUGACUCGCAACAAGGUGACGCGAAUUGACGAAAUGACUUUUGCUAGGCUGAGUAAGUUGACGCUUCUUGAACUCGACAACAACGCCAUCUCGAGCAUUCACGCCAACGCCUUCGUGAAGCUCACGUUGCUGAAAGAACUGCGUCUGGCGCACAACAAACUCAGAUCUCUACCCGACCAUAUCUUCGACUCUCUUGUGUUACUCACGAAACUAGAUCUAGGCGGAAACCCCGUGCUCAUCCCAGGACACCUUUUCUUCCGACUACACAACCUCACAUCUCUAGGGCUGGAGGACAUAGACAUUGACGACAUAGACACCGGUAUGUUCUCCGUGCUGCCCAAGUUGUCCAACGUGUAUUUCAAAUUUUACUAUUACUGCUCCUUCGUGCCGCACGUGCCGCGAUGCAAGCCGAACAACGACGGCGUGUCGUCCAUGGAGCACCUGCUGCACGCGCUGCCGCUGCGGCUGACGGUGUGGCUGGUGGCGGGCUUCACGCUGGGCGCCAACGUGCUCGUCAUGUCGGGCAGAGCGGCCCUCAACGACGACAACCGCGUGCUCAGCCUCGUCAUCCGCAGCCUGGCCGCGGCCGACCUGCUGAUGGGGGUGUACCUGCUGGUGAUCGCCAGCGCCGACGAGGUGAUGCGAGGCCAGUACAACGGCUGGGCCCACUCCUGGAUGACGUCGUGGGUGUGCACCAUAGCCGGGGUCAUGUCCAUGCUUUCCUCAGAGGUGUCGGUGAUGACGUUGGUGUUCAUGUCGCUGGACCGCUUCCUCCUCAUCGCGGACCCGCUCGGCCGGAACCUCAUGUCGUUCGGGUCCUCGGCCAAGUCGGUGGCUGCCAUUUGGGUUUCGGGCCUCAUCCUCGCAGUGCUGCCCGUGAUCGUGCACUGGCGCACCAGCACACGCUUCUACGGCACCAACGGCAUGUGCUUCCCGCUGCACGUGGACGACCCGUUCCUGGUGGGCUGGCAGUACUCCGCCUUCAUCUUCCUCUGCGUCAACGGCGUCAGCCUGCUGCUGGUGGCGCUGCUGUACUUGGGCAUGUUCUUGAGCAUCGUGCGCACGCGGCGCGCCACCCCGCUGGCCGUGGGCGACGUGGACGUGGCCGUGCGCUUCUUCUUCAUCGUGCUGACGGACGCGUGCUGCUGGCUGCCCAUCGCCAUCAUGAAGGUCCUCGCGCUGACGGGUGUCCACAUUUCCGCCGAGCUGUACGCGUGGGUCGUGGUGUUCCUGGUGCCCAUCAACUCGGCCAUCAACCCGGUGCUGUACACCCUCACCAUCCCCAAGUACCGGCAGGUGCUGGCGCGACUCGGCCGCCGCCUCACCGCGGCGUGCUGCGGCCCCGUGCUCACGCACAAGUGGCUCAGCCCGCGCAGGCAGUCCGCGGAUACGGAGAGCUCCCGCGCGUCUCACAGCCAACGAGCUCAGAUGGGCACCGCGAGCGCCGUCACGCUCAGGACGCCGGCGGACUUGGACGGGCCCGGAUCCAGGAAGACCUCGGCCACCGGGCCGUGUCUUGGCUCGCCAGAGACACCCUUAGCGGACCCGCCAGCACUUAUCUGUGACGCCUUCUGCUGAUUAUUUAUUUUUGCUUCUCUGAAUCGCCGGCAUUAUUAUGAUCUCUAUUAUUGUGUGAUAUGUACAUGUGUAAGCCGGGAAGCCGGGACACUGCAGUCGUCCUCUGAAGUACAAGUAUUGCAAACAUACGUUCUUUCUUUCAUGUCAAAUUCUAUGUGACAAAGUGGCAAUUAAAGAAGUUGUUGAAUAACUA